AUGCUGUGGAAACUUGAAUUCGUUCGGAUUCUUUCCCAACCUCCACACCAUAUGUCCUCCAGUGAAGACGAACAACCCAGUCACAUUCAGGGACGUCGAAGGCAAGAGAGAUCAAAGCAUGCAUGUGACGUGUGUCGAAAAAAGAAAGCUCGAUGUAAGGGCCCGGAGCCCUCAUCUGGUCAAUGUGCAAAUUGCAUAAGGGCCAAAAUCAAUUGCACAUACAUCGAACCGCCACCUAGACGAAACCUUUCCAAGAAGUAUAUUGCGAGUCUUGAAGAUAGAAUAACGGACCUGGACCAGCUCUUGCGAAAGCUAUGUCCUGACGAAAAGAUAUACAAAGACUGGAUCAGCGCUGCUAUGAAAAGUGACUCUGCCAUCUCCGGCGCAUGUUUAGUCUCAGAUGCACCAUCUCGUAGUGACAUUCUAUUCGGAGUCGGAGCCCUCGAGGGAUUCGCCAACGCCAUCCGAGCGGCCAAUGACGAUGAUCCCUUUUCUCAGUCGGACGAUGAAAAGCCCAGUACGCCUGGAGUUGUUACUAGCUCUGACUCGAAUCGGUUUUUUGGAAGGUCGAGUAGUGAAGUGCUUAUUCGCGAAGCAAUAUUCACCAAAAGAACCUGGGUUGAAGGCCAGAGUAGCCCCGAGGGACCUGUGCUGCGCAAUAGACGCGAAGAGUUUUGGACGCCUCGACCAUGGGAAAAGAUCACAACAGAGCGUUGCGACUUCACGUUUCCUGAAUCUGACCUAGCAAAAGACCUCCUCGGCCUUUAUUCCAAACAUGUCAACCUCCAUUUCCCUCUACUCCAUCGCCCCUCUUUUGAACGAUCGCUUCGCGACAAUCUUCACCACUCCAACGACAGGUUCGGAGCAGUGUACCUUCUGGUGUGCUCCGUAGGCGCACUUUUUUCGAACGACCCGCGAGUGCUCUUCGAUGGCUCCGACUCCUACCACUCGGCAGGUUGGAAAUGGUUUAACCAGGUGGAGACGGGAAGGGCUACUUAUCUUUCUUUGGCCUCUGUGUAUGACCUACAGUUGCAUUGUUUGGCGGUGCUGUUUUUACAGAGCUCGUCUUCGCCGCAGAGCAUCUGGACAAUGGUGGGCGUUUCUCUGCGGUCAGCACAGGAUAUCGGCGUGCACAGGCAACGCAGCCGUACACCCUCGGCGGAAGACGAGCUCUGGAAACGGGUCUUUUGGGUGCUCAUCUUUAUUGACCGGUUUGUUAGUACGUGUGUUGGUCGCCCUUGCGCCAUACAAGAUGAAGAGCUUGACCUUGACCUGCCCAUCGAUUGCGACGAUGAAUAUUGGGAACAUGCAGACCCAGAGAAACGGUUCAGGCAGCCACCAGACAAACCCUCCACGAUGAGUGGAUUCAUUCAUCUACUGAAGUUGAUGUACAUCUUGAAUUGUUGCAUUCGAGGACUUUACGCACCGCCGAAAGGCGAUGUAUGGUAUCAUCCACUGACAGUCCAGGAGUGGAAGCCACGCGUGUUGGUGGAGCUCGAUUCGAGCCUGAAUAAAUGGCUGGAUUCUGUGCCAGAGCAUUUGCGUUGGGAUCCAAAUCGCGCAAAUAUAGAUGACUUCAACAUUUCUGCCCUCCUAUACACUUUGUACUACUAUGUCCAAAUCCUCACCCACCGUCCGUUUAUCUCCUCUCCCAAAAAUCUCUCGCCACUACCUUUUCCAUCUCUCACCAUAUGCACCAAUGCGGCUCGCGCAUGUGCACGCAUUGUGGACGUGCAGCGGCUCCGGAGUGGACUGGGACCACCCUCAGUUAUUCAGGUGUCUGCCUUCACCUCUACCCUUGUGCUAUUGUUCGGCAUAUGGAUACGGAAAGGUAUUGGUGACAGUAGAUCAGCGCCGCAGCAAGACGCAGACGAUCUGGAACUUGUGGAGAAAUGUUUGGAAAUGCUGAAGGAAAGUGAAGAGCGGUGGCUUACGGCCGGGGAAUUCUUGGGUAUCCUGGAUGAGCUCUCUUCGAUGGCUGAUUCUACUCGUCAUUUAUGCAACAAAGGUGGCUAUUCUAGCCGGAGCUGCAUGGGCAACGGCAUCGAUCCUAGUCUGUAUUCAGCGACUUUCGAUUAUCCGGCUCUUGAAAUGGCGGGCCCUUCGUCUAACCACGGCGAUAUAUCACUGUUUCAACGGUUGGCGAUGGAAACAGCUCAGCAACCCCUCUCACCCAUUCUUUCUUCGCUAUUUCCCUUUACGUCCGCGUAUCCCAGCAGCCAGGGUAAAGGCACAGCUCCACGAGCCCCGCAUACAAAUAAUACGACUCUGUUCAGCCACCAAGGUCACCAUUCGAAUACUUCUUCUUGUUCGAAUGCGACAGCAGGUCUGGCUGAGUGGGAUAUUUACCUGGGAGAUUCUAGUCGGUCAGGACCCGAGGCUUCUGCCAAUAGCACUAGCAGGCAACGCCAAUGA